GGCAGCGCAGUGGUUUCCUCUUUGACAGCAGGGGCUUGUUUUACAGCGAAACACAACAAGGAUGAGGAUUCCCAGCGACGAGGCACCCGCCGCACUGAUAAUGAGGAAGACGAUUAGCUGAAGAGCCCCCAGCUUCAUCCUGCUCCGCCGCUGCGCGCCGCCGAAGUGACGCCAGGCCACUCGAGCAUCGACCGAACUGCAGAUGAACGAGCCUCAAAGUGUCCCCGGAUUUGUUGUUGUUAGCCCCUGAUGCUAACCAGAGAAGUUGUGAGCUGGCUGGCCUAGCGAGCUAACUGUGAAAGCGAGGAGAAGCCCACCAGCCUCAUGUGUUUGGUUUGCCUUCUGCUGUCCAGGCGGCUACACUCGACGUCGUUCAGCUAAUGGAGCCGACAAGCAUCGGCUUCACCAGUUCAACACCCGCAGCUUUGGCCACCGAGCCCCCGAAGUACCAGUCGUAGUACUUAGUUACCUAGCUUAGCUGUUAGCCACCACUAUCCUUGGAAGAAUGAGCAGAAACAAACACCAACAUUUAAAAGGGUCCGAAGUCAGCUGCUGUGUGAAAUACUUCUUGUUCGGAUUCAACAUUCUCUUCUGGUUACUAGGCGCAGCAUUCUUAUGCAUUGGCUUGUGGGCAUGGGCAGAAAAGGGCGUGCUGUCCAAUCUGUCGUCCAUCACGGAUCUAGGGGGUUUCGACCCUGUGUGGCUCUUCAUCGUUGUGGGAGGGGUCAUGUUCGUUCUGGGCUUUGCUGGCUGUAUUGGAGCCCUCAGAGAGAACACCCUCUUGCUUAAAUUUUUUUCUGUGUUCCUUGGUUUGAUUUUCUUCUUGGAGCUGACUGCGGGGAUCCUCGCCUUCGUCUUUAAGGACUGGAUCAAAGACCAGCUCAACUUUUUCAUCAACAAUAAUGUGAAGGCCUACCGAGAUGACAUCGACUUACAGAAUCUCAUUGACUUUGCCCAGGAAUAUUGGUCAUGCUGCGGAGCUCACGGGCCCGACGACUGGAACCUCAACAUCUACUUCAACUGCACUGAGCCGAACCCCAGCAGGGAGCGCUGUGGAGUCCCCUUUUCCUGUUGUGUUAAAGACCCCGCGGAGGAUGUAAUCAACACGCAGUGUGGUUAUGAUGUUCGGCUUCAAUUGGAGCUGGAUCGGCAGAAAUAUAUCUACACCAAGGGCUGUGUGGGACAGUUUGAGAAGUGGCUUCAGGACAACCUGAUCAUUGUAGCUGGAAUCUUUGUUGGUGUUGCACUUUUGCAGAUUUUUGGUAUCUGCCUUGCUCAAAACCUAGUGAGCGACAUCAAUGCCGUCAAAGCCAACUGGUGACAGGAGAGAUGAGGGAGCCCCGCCCCUCAGGCCCACACCAGGUCAACACAGCACACAAACAGUUCCUGUCCAGCUGAGGACGGAGAGCCAUGAGCCCGGUCCACUUUCCCACUGAGCUCAGCAGCACAUACACACUUACAGACGAACUGUCACUAAGCGUUUACUCCUCUGUGUAACGAUGACACUUGAAUGGUUAAAGGGAGAAAAUAUCCCACGCAAACCAAACCGUCAACACUUUGUUUACCACUAAGCAGGGAUUCUAACCCAAAUAAACAGAGGACCGCCUUGCCUACUUCAGAGAUAGAUUCCAUUAUGUUUGCCUUUUCCUCUGCUUUUGUUCUUUAGACCAGUGUAUUUAUGGGGCGCAGUUGCACAAUGACUCCUGUCGGCUAGGAGAUUGAAAGCCAUGGAUGAAAGUAAGAGACAACAAAUGAAGAACAAAGGAAAAGGGACGACAAGUCUUAACCUCUUUGGUCAAGAGUUACUUUGUCACAGAGCCACAGUCCCACCCAGCAAGGGGUUGAAUAUCUCCCAUAAAAACAGUAGUAGUAAAAACAGAGUUUUUUUAUGCGAUUAUCCCAACUUCCUGCUGCAGGAGAUGGCGGUUGGCCGGCCGGCCAGCUGGCCAACAAACAUAUUGACUCUGUUGCUUGUAACAUUUCCCAAUUGUGACCUUUUUAAUGACCACUGAGAAGACUCUGAACACUGGCUGGUCAUGUCUCCAGCUUCAGCGUUUCAAGAGAUUUAAAUUCUAACUGUAUAUGUAAAAAGAAAGUGCCAUUAAUUCUCAAUGACAUGUUCGUGUCUUUUCUGUUUCUGUAUAUGAAUCUCUGAACCCCGCCCCACAAUACCUCAGGGUCUGGCCGAAAAAACUCAAGUCAUGACUCAAAGGGAUUGUACACACACUUCAGGCUCUGAGUUUCAGGACGUUCAAUUUGAACUAUAAUAUAGAAGGCUCUACAUUUAAGUGCCAAGUCUCAGCUUUGAUAUCAGUUGUUUAAAGUCAACAUAGAAGGAACUGUGUGGGAGAUUUAACCCUUUUAACACGAGGUGCCCACAUUUUAGGGAUUCAAAAAUAAUUGGACACAUAAAGUCAAACAAAAUUAUCAUAUUUCAUGUUUUGCUUAGAAUCGUUGGCAGCCAGUGACUGUCUGAAGUCUACGGCCAACAGACAUCAGCAACCACUUUGUAUCAUCCCUGGUGACUCUCUCUUUCGCUGCCGCCCCCGUCAGCUCGCUCUUUAAUAUUCCCCAAGUCGACUGUUGCUCAGUCUUCACCCUAAAAGGCUCUGUGGUUGCUCUGGUUGUAUAUUGAGUAACUUGGUCCUGCUGAAUAAUGACAUGUCGUCCAACGGGUUUCAAAGUGUGUGACUGAAUCUGAGCUCUCAGGAUGAUCCUGUUCACCUGCAUUUAUCCGGUUCCUUCUGUUAUCAGUGGAAUCAUCAGUAAAUGCCAGUUCCACCGGCAGCCACACAUGUCUGAGCCUGAACACAACCAGCUCCAUGUUCGACACGUGAGGUGAUGCUUUGAUCAUGAGCUGUUCAUCUUUUCCCCCCGAGAUUCAUCAGUGGAUUGAUUUUUGUUUCAUCAGUCUUAACGCCUACGUUCCACAUCUGCAGCUCCAGUGUUGACAUGGAAACAUGUAUUCCAUGUACCUGGGUAACAGGAUUUUCUAUUUUACGUCAUGUACAACUAUCAAAUUACCGUUUACUGAUAAACGUGGGAGCUUUGUGCUAAAAGGGUUAUAUCUUCCAACAGAAUCUGUCAAUGUUGAUGUUAACCUACUUUUAUCAAAGCUGAUUCUUGAAUAUGCGGAAGCUCAGUGCCUGCCGAACAAAAACAUGUGCAACCAUACAAACACUUGAGGCCUUGACUCCAUUAUGCUUUCUGCCACCGGUAUGUCUCUUAAAAUGACUUAACACAGAAUAACACUGACAGUUCUUCGACAGUCUCCCUGUUUGCCCUGCAGUAACUUUAUUAUCUGUUGAUUUACUGAAGGAUAUUAGAUUGUUUUAUAUGGAUGGCCUGGUGGGGUUAGGAUUGUAGGUUAUAUGCUAAAGAGUGGGGGGAAAACACUUAAUGACAGAGUUUCUUGUUUAUCUCUGAGCAUCCCUCAGGCACAUGGGAUUGCUGGUUUGGGGCCUUUUUUACUUGACUUUGUUACCACACUUGUCUUACAUUUAUAUCUCGUCUUCUGCAUUAUGAAAAUAUUCGUGUCUGUUCUUUGAAUACGUCCUUUUAUUCAUCCUUUCGUAGAGACUUGUACACCAGGUUUAUAGUUUGACUUCAACAGGCGCCUGUUUAAAGUCUGAUCCAUCAGUGAACUGCACAUCAACUUCUUAUCGUUGAUGUUGCUAGCAGUCCAAACGGAGACCAAAUAAUAUCAGCUGGUCACAAGCUAACUGCCAAGAUUUUAUCUGGCUGCCAUUCAUACUUGAUUAGGAACCCCCACAUUAACAAACAGCAUUUCUGCACAGCCAAAAUGUGAAUUAAUUGUCCCUUUUUAUGUGGGAAGUGCCAGGUGAAAUGAGAAAUCAAACAAAAAAUGUAAAAUGCUAACACACUGCUUUUAUCUUUAAUUCAUUGUCUUGUCUAUAGUUUGGCCUAUUUUUUUUUUAACUAGAAUAGUAAAUACAUGCUGUUACCUUUUUGAUGUUAGCAUCAUUGUCAAUAUAACAUGAAUGCUGCUUUUACUUUGACUAGAUUAUUGAUAACUUAGUGCAGUAACCAGGAAAAUGACAAGUCUCACCUGAUCUUGGCAUUUGAACAAUCUGCCAUGUUGUCACGUUGUUUCCAGGCUGAGGAGAAAUUCAGAUUAUUUUUCUCUCUUUUUCUUCGUUUGCACUCAGCCCACAUUGCCGUUUGUUUUUCAUCAUAUAAAAAAAACCAAACUCUUGUUUCACACUUCAAGCUACAGCUUUUCAUCUCAUCCGUGAUCCUCACAGAAUGCAGGUAUAACUGGGUUCACUUGAUCAUUUUAUACAUAACAUUUUUUUAUUCUUUCAUGAGCAUUAUUUUAUCGCACAGGUGGGUUUCAGGGGAGAAACACAUGUUUUGAAAUGAAGCGUGCACAAGAUGAAAGAUGAGCAGCAUUGCUAUUUUGUGACAUUAAACCAAAACCUCUAACUGCUCUGUCAUUUCAUUCCGACCCUGACGAUCGUCCGCUGUGUGUACAUUACAUGUCACAUGUUGCUCUGGCUCCCCAUGUUCCCGCUUCCAAACCACUACCUGAUCUGACUGCACAUAUCUCCUAGGCUGUCAUUUUGAUGUAUUUUUAAACACAGCGCCUGCAGCAAUCUGACUGCAGAACACGUUUUCUCUUUAGUCUUUUUUCCUUCAGCUCCAAUGUAGAAACAUUUUCAGGAUAAAACACAACUUACGGCGAGUUAUCCUCACCCAAAGUUGCCUGAUGUGACAUUGCUUUACUUUUAUUUUGAUCAAAUGUCCUGUUAAAUCUACAAGGAUGAAACCAGAGGCAUUUUUUCAACACCUGUUCUUUUUUCUUUUUUUUUUAUUUGAAUGAAUUAGUGGAUUGGAUCAGUUAAUCUGUUAAGUGUUCCCAUCGUUUUCUUUUAAAUCUGAAAUACCCCUUCCCCUCAUAAAUAAAGACCAACCUCUGGUCAUGCAUGCAAGGAGACUGGUGUCGUACGUGACGUUAACAGAGCAGUCGCUGCCUUUUUGAGUGAUGCCGCGGGUCUGGCUGGGGCAGAUGGAGGCCACGGGUGUUAGUUGUGCUGCAGCUCUAAAACAAAAAGCACAGACUCUCUGUAGCCUCCGCCGUGUCUAGAUGGAUCUGCCAAUAAUCAGAGAGUCACCUUGGUAAUGAGGACUAAAGGGCCACAAUAAUCUGCAGGAUGGCAGGUUAUUCUUUAUACAGACUCUACAAAGGUGACUCGCUGGAGUAUGUUUGAGUUUUACCAGCUUCGGCUGAUUGUAUUCAAUGUGGGGGGGGGUGAACAAUGCUAACUGUGUUUUGUACUCUAUCAUAGCAGCCUCGCAAUCACAAAACAACAUCUUUAAUUUUUUUCUACUGUCCCUCUGGGCAGUUAAAUCAUUCCUGAGGAGCCUUAUGCAUAACAUGAAUGUAUAAGUCUGUAUCAGCAUGGACCUACUACAGUAAGAAGUCUUAGUCUUUACCCUCACAUGCACGCAAUGCACAAAACCAGUGAAGUUUAGUAAUGUGAAUUAAAACGUGUCUUUUGUUUUCAAUGUUACUCUGGUGUCCUCAUCUUUUUUUAAUUGUUCCAUGAGCGUAAAAGCCAAUUACAUUCCAUUUCUUCUGUUUCCAGGCGUGUGUGUGUUUGUGUGUGUGUGUGUGUGUGCGCGCAGACCUAUGUUUUAUAUGCAAUCUCAAAGCGUUCAACUCUUUGUUUGGUUUGGCUUUUAUGUCUCUUCAGUGGCUGGGGAUGAUUUUUUAAGUAUGAUCACAAAUCACUACUUCAAAGGUUUGAUAAUCUGUAUUGAUAUACAACUCUACAUAUGCAUUUAUGAAGGAUUUAACUUUUUUCCUUAUAUUCAUGCAACACCGUCCUGUGAUCCUGUCUAAGCUUUCGGGGUCUGCUCAUGUCCCCGUCAAAUAGUUUUUACGAAGGUGAGCAGCACAUCACUCAACCGCGGAUCGUUCCUGCCGCUGUUCAGACGCCGGUCACAUCAGAGCACAAAGAUGCAGCGGAACUGAUUUGUUUGUGAUCAUAUUGAGUUGUUGACUGGUACACAUUGGCCCCCAGUUGAAGAAUAUGGAUACAGAUACAGUAGAUAGGGAUCUCUUAGGCUCACAGAAAUUAUUCUGAAUAUCUUUGUUCAGCUGGGCAACACAAACAAGAUUUUUUUUUUUUUUCUUUCUGAGUUUAAUCAACAGUCUGUUUCCAGUUGUGACUCGAUUGCAGCAGAUGACAACAAACAAAACCCUACUGUCAAUCAGUUGUUUCAGUUGCGACCCUUCCAAUGACGGGCAGCCUUGUAAAGAAAUGUAAAUGGAAACUGUUGGACAUGGUCUGUUACACUGUAUAUUGUGUUAAAAUAUGCCUCUUUCAUAUAUUAAAGGAUUUAAGAUAA